GAUAGGGGUGUCAUCAUCACACACGCGCAGAUCAGGUUUCAUUGGACCUCUCUGCGUCUUUCACGCAGGCCCGCGGUAACGACAAUGGCGACUGGAAAAAUAACACAAUUUUCUAGCUUCCUCUAAGUAUCACCGCUAAAAAUGCGCUGCUCGGGGUGUGACGGUGGAAACAUGCGUAUCUUGUGAGUUGGCUAAUAUUAGUCUUUUGGUGGUGAAGCGCGCGCGCGUCACGGCAGCUUUAAUAAUAACGGAUUGAAGAUGGCGGAGUUUUCUCCGGUGCUGCCUCCGUUGCGGGAUGAUGGAGGAGGCGGGCGGUAUGGACAGCCGCUGUUCCCCAGAUCACGGUCCGGUUCGGAGUCGGACAGUGAAUUAUCGCAGAGUUUGGCCCGCACAAAGACGCGCUCGUACGGCAGCACCGCAAGCGUCACGGCGCCGUUAGGAGAAACAUACAUAGAGCACCGGGUAACGGACGGGGAUACACUGCAGGGUAUAGCGCUCAAAUAUGGUGUUACGAUGGAGCAAAUUAAACGAGUCAAUAAACUAUUCAGCAAUGACUGUAUAUUCCUGCGAAACACUCUCAAUAUUCCUGUUAAGUCCGAAAAACGUUCCCUCUUUAACGGACUGUCUCUGGAGUCACCUGACAGUGAGGGAACCACACUGCUGGAGUCGCCGUGUGUGAGUCAGGAUGUGGACAUCCCAUCACCCCCACCAGAACCGGCCAUCCCGGAGCCCAACACCCGACCCGUGCAGGCAGAAGAGCUGUCUGCUAAAGACUACUUACAUCGACUGGACUUGCAGAUCAAGCAGUCCAAACAAGCCGCCCGCAAACUGAAAGAGGAUGGUGGGAGAGAAGAAGACGACCCAUCCAACUCAACAUCAUCAUAUCAGGAGAUCUGAUUGAUUCUUCUUCAUCUGUUUACCUGCAGCGCUGACAAUGACCCAUCAUCAUCUUCAUUAUUCCAUCCCUCUUUUGCCUACUUUUUUUACUCUACCAUUACCCAAACUGCAACACAGGACUAACAGGUCCAUCAUUGCCUUCUUCAGCAGUAUUAUAGUGAUUUUAUUUCUGAAUUUUAUCAUCGUUGUUCCAUCUCACAUAACAUUAAAGAUGCUACAGCCGAGUUUGUCUUCUUUAGGAAGCAAUAGCCAUCCACAUCGCAAACUUAUAACCACAGUCUACGCUCCUAUGAAAUACUGUAUCUGCAGUCUGUCCCGUAUAACGUAUCACAGAUAAAACUACUCGGACUCUGUGUGGCUGCCUGCUGAUUUUAAUUUAUUGUUUUUUGUUUUGUUCGCCUAUAAAAGCUUUAUGUGUGGGGUUGAAAGGGAUAAAUAAUGCUGUUUUGGUGUGAAUGUUGUGUUUUUGUGUGUUGGGGUUUAAUAAAAAUGUUUUACUGUGCUGUUUGAUUUGGGUUAUGCAGAAUAAAUGCUUCUGUAAGAUGA